AUGUAUAAAGACAUUGACAUUAAUGAAAUUGAGAAGUUGAAAAAGGACUAAGAAAUGAUGUCGUUGAAGAGAGCCCCAACCAACAUGAAAGUAAGGAGAAUUGAAAUCUCUGUGAUUAGGAGCGUUUUGGUUAAUCAAAUAAAGACUUUUUGGAAGAUGAAUUUAAACAAAAAACAGUUGGUCUGGUUACUCGUGAGGAAUUCAAGAGAAAGAGGGAGAAUAUUGAUAAUCUUGUGAUGUAGGACAUGAAACAAAAACAGGAGGAGGAAACGAAAAGAAAAUUGGAACUCAAAUAAAAGCGAAAAGAAGAAUAUCAGAAGAAGACUACAUUAUUGUCCUUUGAUUUAGAUGAUGAGGGUAGUCUCUAGAAGAGUUAUGGGAAAAACGAACACGUAGAUACCACUUAUUUACCAGAUAUGAACAGAGAACGAAAAAUCGAAGAGAUGACCAGACAAUUGGCAGGUAUGUAUUGGAUACCUUAUGUUUAGAGUAAUACCAGAAGGAAGUCGAAUCGUAAAAGGAUUCUCUCAUUGAUAUUCAAUUUCAAUACUGGGAUGCUUCAACAGGUUCCAAAUCUUUGAGAAUCAAAAAGAAGAUGACGAUCUUGGAAUUCCUAGAAAUGGCUAGAAGAGAGAUCAUUAGAGAUUUUGGCUUUGUAUGUGUGUUGUCAUUAUGGAAUAUUAGCUAACUGAGUUUAGUCCAGAAGAUUUGAUCAUAGUUGCCAAUGGAAUGAUAUUGCCUCAUAAACUCAGCUUUUAUGAUCUAAUUGCCCAUAAAGUCAAGAACAGAUCUGGUACUCUAAUCUUUUCAUUUGAUCGCAGAAAGGUAUUACUUUUAAGCUUAAAUUGGAUUUAAUUAGGUUUAAGCAAAAGGAUAGGAAUACGAAGUAGAGGUUGAGAAUUCCACCAUAUGCAAAAUCAUUGAGAAAUUCAGAUAUGAAAAAAUCAAACAUAUUUAUCCAUGUUCAAAAUGGGAGAAUGUAGAAAUCAACAAAUACUUAUGACAUUUUACAACAAUUAAAACAAC